UAUAAAAUUAAUAAAUUCAUCUUCACUUAUUUUGUUAUAAUUUCUAGCUUCCAAGCUUGCUAGAAAUUCAUUUGAAUUAUUAAAUCUACUAAUUAGAUCUUUUCUAAUUUCCCCAAUAAUUUCUUUAGGUUAAUUUAAAUCCUAAAAGCUAUCACCCGAAAAUUUUUUUGCCUACUAUCCAAAUAUAACAUUUAAGAAUUCUUUAAAAGAUACUUUAUCAUUAUUAUUUAAAUCAAAAAUUCCAUAAGCAUCAUCUAAAAUUUUUUCUUCUAAGGUAAUAUUAGCUUUUUUAAAGGAUAAUUUAAAUUCCGUUUUUGAAAUAUAUCCAUUAUCAUUUUUAUCCAAUGUUCUAAAAAUAUCUUUCAAACUUUAAGAACAUUAUGAUAUUUUUUCUCUUAAAAUAUGAAUUACAUUAUCUGCUGAUAAAUUCAUCGUUUCUUUGAUUUUUUCCUAUUCGCUUUUUGGUUGAUUUUAUUUUAUUGUUUCUUCUAAUAAUCUUUAUAGUCUUUAUUCUUCUCUUCUUUUCAAAACCUAUACAUAAUCCUAAAAAGCUUACCCAAUAAUAUUACAAAUAUACCUUUCAUUAUUUUUUUUAACUCCAUUAAUUCUUUUACUUCCGUCCUUAUAAUCUAUUCUUAAAAACUCCUUACUUAAAUGUGACAUUUGGCUUUUAAACCUUGUCAUAUUUGCAAUGAGUCGAAUAGCAAAAAUUAAGUUUUAUUUUUUUUCAAAACAUUUUAAUUUAAUUAUCAUUUUUAAUAAAGCCUCCUCAUUUGAAAAUUCGAAAAAUCCAAAACGUUUUAAACAUUUUAAAAAAUCUUCGUAUUUUACAAAUCCUCUCCAGGCUUUCUUCUUUUUUUCUUUUAAUGCUAAUGAUUACUCUCCUGAAAUUCCGAUUCUUUAUUUUAUGUCUAUCUUUAAGUUUUUCUCCAUUUCGCUUAUUAUUUAUGUCAUUUGUUUUCUAUUUUAUAUUAAUAAAUCAUGAAAAUUAAUAAAGGUUUCUUCCAAUUUAGUUUUUUCUCCCAACUCGAUAUCUUGUUCUGCUUAUUAAUUUUCAUUACUUCUUUAAUAUACUUGUUUCUUGCCUAUUAACUCGGCAUAUUUUGUUAUUUUCUGAUUUUAUCUAUUAUCUUUUUUUAAUUAUUCCAAAUUUCGCUAUAAUUAAGAAUUUAAUUAAUUAUGAGGCUCUUCCUUUUUUAUAAAAUUUAUUAUACUGUCAUGUUUUUCUUGCAUCUAGAUUUCUUUCAUUUUAUUAAAAUUUUAUGUUUAAAGAAUUUAUUGUGUUUUUUCAUAUUCACUUAUUGCGUUUGUCUAUUAGAAAUCACUUUUGAU